UUUAUAAAGACUAGAAAACGCAUGGCCCUUGCUUAGUGUGAGCCAGUCAGUGAUUGGCUUUCCAAUAGCUAACAGCAUCCCUGCAGAUGAAUAAAACAGCGUGAAAAUGUUAUCAUCCGACACGGAAGGAGAGCUCGGAUAGUGUGAUACAAAUUCUAUGGCAAAAUCUGAAUGGUUCGUGAAUAAAAAUAGCAAAGUGAUAUCUGAAAUAGUAUGCAGUUUGAGAAGAUGAUAGAUAAGAGAUGGGGCCAUCGGAAACGGCUUAAAAGAAAAAGAAGUUGGAGUUGGAAACCGAUGCAGGAACAUCUAACGGAAUGUGUAUUAUCGCUACUUAUAGUACUGGGAUUACUGAACGGGUGUAUCGCUGAGCCAAAUAAAGAUGGUUUGAUCGAUUUGAUAGAGCAAUUUGACAUUCCCAAGCUUCCAUCUGGGAUCAGCCCCGUCUCCGGUAUGUGCAAUGAAUCAAGGAAUGAGUACCAAACCUAUCCCGCUGUUGCAUACCACAUGAACCAGGACACGGUACUGAGUAUCGGUACGGCUCGAAUUUUUCCCAAUGGAUUUCCCACGGACUUUUCUAUACUGGUAGUACUGCGAGCAACGCCGAAUCUAGUGCGGGUUCCACUUUUCUCGGUCUAUUCAUCUGACUCGGAAGAGGUUCUGAUGCUGAUGGUUGGUAUGGAAGUUGCACUGUAUUACCAGGAUACCGAAGGGAAUCCAGAGGAGGAAAGUUUGAUCAGUUUCGGUGCCAAUAUCGAUGACAACAAAUGGCACAGGAUCGGUGUUAGCGUGAAAGGAAACUCUGUUACGUUGAUUCUUGACUGCAAAACCCAAAUAACGAGGCAGCUAAACAGAGGUCCUCGCUCGACUAUUGCCACAGAUGGACUCAUUCUUACCGGAAUGCAGCUUAACGAAGAUGAUGGUUUCUUUACUGGUGAUCUUCAACUUUUCAUGCUUGCAAAUACUCCAGAUGAAGCGUACCAUAUCUGUACAAAGUACGCUCCUAGUUGCUAUGGAUCCGAAAGCUACGAUUCAUCGUCACAUACGAUGACGAGUAGUAGUUCAUCAGCCAGAAGAAAUACAUCUACUUCAUCCAACUCAUAUGGCAGUGGGAGUUCUAGCCUAUCACGGGAUCAAACGAAUAGGCUUGGAGUCGGAGCUGUAAGUUCUUCGUCCGGAAGUGGUCAACAAUAUGGUGGGCAUCGUGAAUUCGUUGAUUUGACAAGCGAUGUCGAUGGUUUGGAAAUAAUCGGCGAAGAAGACGAAUAUUAUAAUAACCUUGAACUAGAAGGAGAAGACCGGCGAACUGAGCACCGCCCUGACAGUACAACAAACAGAAUCAAUGUUAAUCGCACAGUUUCUUUUGAUGGAUAUGACCAGUAUGGUCGAAGACCUGUCUUGCCACUCCCGGAACCUGAAUAUGAGCCAUCCGCUUCAAGUAACAGACAACCAGAAGGCGAGCAGCCAGUUGACGAAUACGAUCCUGAUCAUAGUAUCGACGCAUCUGAAGACACGUCAGUUUCAUUCCCAGCGGUUCCUACUUCAAAUUACAGUGUUGGUGGCGUUCGUGUUAUUGUUGGACCAAGAGGUCCACCGGGUGAUCCCGGUCCAAAAGGUGAGCCAGGACGGGAUGGUCUAAACGGUCAAGAUGGCCCCCCUGGUCAACCGGGUCAUGUGUUCGUUAUCCCGUUGACACAAAGUAGCAAUGAAAAAGGACCGGAUUCUCAAGCAGAAGCUUUUCGUGCCAUGCUUUCUCAACACAUGAUGGCUAUGCGAGGUGUCGAUGGACCUAUGGGCCUUACUGGUGUUCCUGGAGCUGUUGGACCGCCGGGUCCAGAGGGCACCAAAGGAGAGCCAGGUGAUCAUGGAGAACCUGGUCCCCGAGGAUUACGAGGUCCCUUAGGGCUGCCAGGACGUGAAGGUAGAAGAGGUCGAGCUGGACGUGAUGGCGAGAGAGGCCCGGUAGGUUUACAAGGUCUCAAAGGUGAACCCGGAACCAUUGGGUUGCCAGGGAUGCCCGGUGAAAAGGGUGAUCGGGGAAGAUUGGGGAAUGUAGGAGAAAAAGGAGAUCAAGGCCAUGAAGGUUUUCAAGGAGAAGAUGGACCACCUGGUUUACCGGGUCUUCCUGGAGAGUUGGGACCUAGAGGUUUUGCAGGUCCACGAGGUUUUCCCGGUCCCCCUGGAAACCCAGGUGUACCUGGUACGGAGGGCUUGCCGGGUGUCAAAGGAAAUCCAGGUCCACAAGGUCAACCAGGUGCUCCCGGUCAAACAGGACCAACUGGCCCAGUAGGUCCACCAGGGCCACAAGGAAAUAUGGGUCCCCCAGGAAUACCCGGACCUCAUGGUAAACCUGGCCUACCCGGGUUGCCUGGAGCUGAUGGAGCACCAGGUCGGGAAGGCAAUCCUGGUAUUGUUGGGCCCAAGGGUGAUAUCGGUCCCCAGGGUGUACAAGGACCAAUCGGGUUCCCGGGAAAUCGAGGUCCUAAAGGUGAUGAUGGAGAACGUGGUUCUGCGGGAGAUAAGGGAGACAAAGGAGAACGAGGUCAUGAUGGAGAAAAAGGUGACAUGGGCUCUCCUGGUGAAAGAGGUUCCACAGGCUCUCAAGGAAUAUCAGGCAUCGAAGGUCCUGAAGGUCCUAAAGGUUUUGAAGGGCCCAGAGGUGAGCCAGGACAAAUGGGCUUAACUGGAGAUAAAGGAAAACAAGGAGUUCAAGGAUUUCCGGGAUAUCCCGGCCCAACUGGUGACAAAGGAGACAAAGGUUCUUCUGGUACUGUGGGAUUAACUGGCGACAAGGGAGAAAGAGGAAAUACUGGACUACAAGGAGAGCGCGGCGAAGUUGGUCCUAGAGGUUUUCGGGGUGCCCGUGGUAGGAGAGGAGCAGACGGUACACCAGGACCAAAAGGCGAUACCGGUCAACCAGGAGCUCCAGGAGCACAGGGUGAAAUGGGAUCUCAGGGUCCUGAAGGCCCACGUGGUUUCAUAGGACUGCCAGGACCUCAAGGACAUAAUGGCAAAGAUGGACCUCAAGGAACUCCCGGUGAAAGAGGACCUCCGGGAGAAAAUGGAAACCCCGGACCUACGGGAGCUCCAGGUGUGAUUGGUCCGCAAGGGCCUACUGGAGAACCGGGACCGGUUGGCGAGCCUGGUAUUCCAGGAUUACCAGGUAUGCCUGGAGAACCUGGCGUGCCAGGAGACAGCGGAAAAGAGGGGCAAGUUGGUCCACCGGGACCACCUGGUAAAAACGGUCCUCCGGGAGGUCAAGGCCUUCCGGGUUUCCCUGGGGAACGUGGUUUACCCGGCAUGCCUGGUCUUCCUGGACUGAAAGGAGAAAUAGGAGUCCCCGGACUGCAAGGUCCAGUUGGAGACAAAGGACAACCGGGAGAACCUGGCAAAGAAGGUCCACCAGGACCUGAAGGACGUCACGGUCAACCCGGUCCUCCUGGGCCUGCCGGUUUAAAGGGAGAACGAGGAGAAAUGGGCUUAGUUGGACCAGUUGGACGCGAUGGUCUGCCGGGUCAACGUGGUUUGACUGGGCCACCAGGACCGCAAGGUCCUCCCGGUGAAGAUGGUGAUAAAGGAGAUAUGGGAUCUCCUGGAGAAAAGGGUUUCAAAGGGGCACAAGGCGAAGCGGGGCCAGUUGGAUCUCCAGGAUCACAGGGAUCCAGGGGAGAGCCAGGAGCUGUGGGUCCACCCGGAGACAAAGGUCCUCCCGGAGAAAUGGGACGAACUGGAGCAAAGGGUGAAGAUGGUCCAACAGGAUUGCCUGGUCCUCCGGGACCUGCGGGUGCUCAAGGUCUACCAGGCCCUCCAGGGAUGAAAGGAGGUCGUGGAGAUGAUGGACCUAUUGGAAAUGCUGGUCCAAUUGGACCUCCAGGAGAACCUGGGCGUCGUGGACCCCGAGGAGCAGAAGGAGCACCUGGAGCUACAGGACCUCCCGGACCACAAGGAUUUGUUGGUGAACCUGGCGGACAGGGGCUUCCAGGUCCGCCUGGACCUGACGGCAAGGAUGGUGAGAAAGGAGCCAUUGGACCGAAAGGAGAAGAAGGGAAAAGUGGUCCUCCGGGACCACCUGGUAAACGUGGUCCGGCCGGACCAGAAGGUCCUAAGGGUAUAGCUGGUCCUCCUGGUUUUCCUGGAAAUCCAGGGGAACCUGGAACAGUUGGGCCAAAAGGAGACAUUGGCAAAGAUGGAGAAGAUGGUAAACAGGGUGAACCAGGAUUGCAAGGAGAAGCUGGUCCAGCCGGACUUCCUGGAGAGGCAGGUCCUCCUGGGAAAAUGGGUCCUGAAGGACCAGCCGGGCUACAGGGUACACCUGGUUUACCUGGCGAAAAGGGUGACAGAGGACCCACGGGACCUCAAGGAAAUAUCGGACAAACUGGACCUCAGGGUAUGCCAGGUGCUCAGGGCGUUCAAGGAAUACGUGGAUCGCCGGGAGCAUCGGGAGAAAUUGGUCCAGUUGGAAAACCAGGAGAAGCUGGACAACCCGGUAAGAUUGGAGAAACUGGAUCGAAAGGUGAAAAAGGCGAUCGUGGAAAACGAGGUCCUAAAGGUCAUCGUGGAGAAUUGGGAAUGGUAGGCCUUAAAGGAGAUGCUGGAGAAAAAGGUGACAAAGGUGUCCGAGGUAAUAUGGGUGUCGAAGGACCCAAAGGGCCUCAAGGACCGCAAGGUCCCAUUGGUUUGAAGGGAAAUGAUGGUCCACAAGGUCCACCAGGAACGGAAGGACCGCUUGGUCCUAAAGGUUCGGAAGGAGUUGCCGGUACAAAAGGUGAAGCCGGCCCACCAGGGCCGCCUGGUCCUCCUGGUCCACCUGCAGAAGCGCCAUUAAUUCCUCCGGAACUAUUGUUCCGAAUGAGCGAAUUUUCGCUUACCAAAGGAGAGGAUAGGAUGAAACGCGAUGCUGGAGAAAUGCCAGAGGAAGAAGAUGAUUUCGAUGAGGAGCUUCUGAAAAUUGAGCCGAAGAAAAAGAAGAAGAAAAAGAAACAAAAAGACGAUUUGGGCCCCAAGUUUUUGGACAUGUACAGCUCAAUUUACUCUAUGAGACAGGAAUUGGAUCGGAUACGGAAACCAGUAGGCACGCGGGAGAACCCAGGAAGAACAUGUCGUGAUCUGCACUACGGACAUCCUCAGUUUAAGGAUGGUUGGUACUGGAUAGAUCCGAACCUGGGCAUGGGCGAUGAUGCUGUUUAUGUGUUUUGCAACAUGACGGCAGAGGGAGAAACUUGCGUUUUCCCUGAUCUACAUAGCUCCCAAAUGCCUAACAUCCCCUGGAGAAAAGAAAAUGAUAAAACUGAUUGGUAUUCGAAUCUGAGAGGCGGCUUCAGGAUUUCCUACGAAACAGUUGGAGUGGUCCAGAUGACAUUCUUACGGUUGCUUUCCCAAUCAGCUUACCAAAAUUUCACUUACACCUGUAUGAACAGCAUUGCUUGGUUUAGUACCGAGGAAGAGAACUAUGACGAUGCUAUUCGAUUUUUGGGAGACAACGAGAUCGAUAUCGGUUACGAAAACACGAAACUACACCCGAAUAUACUAGUCGAUGGUUGUAAAACUGGCAAAAGUAAGAGCGAAACGGUGUUCGAGAUUAGGACUAAGAAGCUUCAAUACCUACCGAUCAUCGAUUUCUAUCCAGUCGAUUAUGGACAACCGCAGCAAGCAUUCGGAUUCCAGGUGGGACCUGUUUGUUUCUUAUAAAGAUAACGCGCAAUGAAAUACGGACUAUGAUUACGAUUUUUUGAGCUAAACAUGGAUGCUAGAAACUGAUUUCCUAAGUCGAGCAAUGAGUAUUCCUAUAAGUUGUAAAUUAAUUUAUUGUAAAAAGCGUUAAUAUUAAUUAUGGAUAACAACACACACACACAAUUGAAUUUAGCUUUAACUACUUUAGUAAAGGGGAACUACGUUAUUCUUAGAUUAAUAUGAAACUACAAAAGGACUGAAUAAGAGCUUAAGUCAGGAGGGAACCUACGAGUUUAAAAAAAAUCUUGUCUUAGCUGUAAUUACCAAUACUGUACACACACAAUUAAUAGAACAUCAAUCGAUAUCACUGCCGAAGACCUGUAUGUAUGUAUAAAUCGAGUAUAAAAAAUAAUAAAAACAAUC